UGGGAAUAUUUCCUGUUUGCCUCAGAACAGGUUUGUGCUGUGGCUGACGAAAAAGCAGGUCUAAGAAAAGAGGUGACAGACACUUCCUCAGUGACAAAAUGGACUCUUUUAAAGGACCUUGUCCUCAUCAGAGUGUUCCAGUUGAAAUUGAUGAGAGCAGUCUGGACUUGGUCGGGCCUCCCCCAUGCAAACAGUGUAUUGGGGACACAGAGACCAGCAAAAGGCUGCAGGAAUACGACUGUGAGCAAUCCAAGGGGGCAGUGCACGAUGCUCACCAUUGGGGAGUCCCUGAGGACCAGCACGAACCCAGAGCAGCCUGUUACCCUGCCGCCCAACCUCGUUUCAUCCCCCCUUCACACUUAGGACAGAUGAACCCCCCCUACCCUGCAGGUCUCAGAGAGAAGGAGCUGCUGUAUGAACAGUAUCUCAGAGUCAACAAUAGUAGAAGUUUUGCACGCCCUUCAAACUAUCCCCAGGAUCGCUCUAUGGAGGAGACGGAAAACUUGGAGCCCCCUCAAACACUCAUGUCUCUUAACUUCAAACAGUGUGUCCCAUCUCGAUACCCUGCACCACGUAUGCCCGGCCACAAUCCAAUGCCGGGGAGUUUUCCCAGACAGUGUGCAUGCUGCCUUCCAGCAAAUCUGCCCCGUCUCGAUAAUAAUUAUCGUCAUUAUAAAUAUGAUUACCCAGUGGAUCCUCACCAGGAGCCUCAAUACCGCCAACAGUCAUGGAAUUCCCCUAAUGAUGGACUGCAACAUAAACAGGCUCCAAAUGCCCCCCAUGGAUCUGCACCUCGGUUUGUGGCCCCUCAUAGAGAUUUGAUGCAUGAGGUCAGCGUGGAUCGCUCCUUCCAGGCUGGUCCAGGACCAGCCACGAGGGAGAUCAGGAGGACCAUCUCCCUGUCUAAGGAGUGUAGGAAUGUUUUCAUCACAUAUUCAUUGGACACGGCAGAUGAAAUGCUUACUUUCGCCAAAUUUCUGACCGAUCAGGGGUUCGAAGCAGCAAUCGACAUCUUUGAUAAUCCAGUCCGAAGAAUGGGCAUCACUAAAUGGAUGGACAGAUUUUUGAAUGAUAAAUCAGUGCUCAUCAUUGUGGUGAUCAGCCCCAAGUACAAGGAGGAUGUGGAGGGAGACGGAGACGAUGAGCAUGGCCUGCACACAAAGUACAUUCACAAUCAGAUCCAAAAUGAGUUCAUCCAGCAAGGCUGCCUGAACUUCAGACUGGUGCCUGUGUUGUUUCCUAAUGCAACCAAGGUAAGCACAAGCAAUUAA